AUGGCUACCGCUGCCCCCGCGAGAGCCACGCCCGCGUCGCGACGCUCGCCGUCUGUGAGUUCGACGGCUCCCACCACGCCUGCCGCCUCCAUCGCCAGAGGCGCGACUGCUCGUUCAGCUGUUUCGCCACGCGUGACGGCUUCUAUGAACAGCACCGCCGCCGCCCGUCGGGGUUCGCUGAAAGGCGCAACGCCGCCUGCUAGUAUUGUCAAUGGGGAGGCGCGAGAGACGCGUGAAUCACUGUCGGCACAUCUGAAAGAAGAGACAGAAAAGAAAGAACAGCUCCUGGUCCAAUUGCAGGACAAGGACCAGACGAUCACUACUCUUACGACAGAAAAUGACAACCUCAACUCAGCGCUCAAGGCCGCUGAGUCCCGGCUUGCGGAGAUGUAUGCUGAGCAGAACCGCAUGGAGGAGGAAAUGGGGGCGCGUAUCGACAUUAGCGAGAAACUGAGGACCCAAGUGCGCGACCUCGAGAAGGACAAACGCGACAUACAACGACGAUAUAACGAACAGGCAACGACAUUCGAGGCAGAGCGCCAGGCGUUCUACGACAACGAACAACAUCUCAAAUCACGUAUUCAAUCCCUCACGCAAACUCGCAAGCAACCAGUACUACCUCUGACAUCGCCUUCCGUCGCAUCCAUCGCCGAAACUGAGAUAGGAGAGGAAGCCGGUGCAGAGGCCGUCGCGCAGGAGGGGCCUGACGGCACCUCACAAGCCGACAAGCAAGACAUCAACGAUCCCGAACAGGAACCUGCCGAGAUGACCGCGCUCAAACUCGAGCUGUCUACCCUCUCCACGUCGUACUCUUCCCUGCAACAAACACUUGUCCUCUUGCAAACGCAGCUCAUAGAUUUGAAGCGGGUCAACAACGAACUGCAGGAGGAGAAUGAGUCCUAUAACAUCCUCCUUCGGGAGAGGACGUUGAACGGUCAAUUUGACAUCUUACGCAUGGGCGGCGGCACGAGCGUCAGCGAGGCGAGCGCCAGCGAAACAGGUGACGACGACGACGUGGAGAGAGAUAGCAGGGACGGCGAGAGUCUCAAGAGCCGAAACACUGGCAGGAGCGUGCUUGACCCUGUGGAGGAGCUCACUGAAAACGAGCUCGAUCCAGCGUUCCAACAGGACGGUGAACAGGACCAGGAGGGCUCCGAGAAGGGCGAGCCUGCCCCCAGCGUUCGCAGACACGCUCGCAGGCAUUCCAAGUCCCACUCCCCUCAGACACGCGGGGAGUCUCUUGCGAAUUUGCCCAUCACCGGUCCUGGACUCGACUUGGCUGCCGAGCUUGGGCGUGCUGAGAACAAAGACAUACUGGAAGGUCGUGCGCCGUUGGAGAACGAGCAGAUCGUACCGGGCGCACGGCACAAGAAGGGUAGGAAGGCAUCCGACACAACUCGUAAAAUUUCCGUGGCGUCUGAGCCUGGUAUGGACACAGGCGCGGUGGACGACCUUGAUGCUCUGCGGAUCGAGGUUAAGAGUCUCAAGGACGCCAACAAGGCACUCUCGCUUUACGCGUCCAAGAUUAUCGACCGCAUCAUCUCCCAGGAAGGCUUUGAACAUGUGCUUGCUGUCGAUUAUGACAGCAAAGCCCCGAUGACUCCCAAUACGGCAGCUACAUUUACCACCUUCAGUAAACCGCCUGCAGUGAACGGGCAGCCUGCCAAGAAGGGCCGCCCCCAGUCAGCUGUCUUCUCUUUCUCCUCUUCGACGAGUCAAACCCCACCUAUGUCGCCGGGAUUGACCACGUUCAACUCCCCGCUUACUCCCAACACGGCAACGUCCAGCCCACCGAAGCCUCCCGCGUCCGCACGAGCCUCGCGGCGUUCCCUGUCAUUUGACUGGAAGAGCUUCAGCAUGUUCGGUGGCGGCGAGAAGAAGCCCGAGCCGAACCCUAAUCUGAAGCCGCUCACGCUGCGGGCUGGCAGCAGCCCUGUCGUGACCGGCGCCCGCAAGCUGGACACUCUGGAAGACGAGGAGGACAGGAGAGAGCGGGAGCGGCUCCACGCAACCAUGAAGCUGAUGGGGAUAGAGAAACCCCCGAUGGUGCAGAAGAGUCACUCUGCACCAUCCGAUCCUGCGCGUCCAGGUGCGAUAGACACUGCUAUGAACUCGCCGGUCACAGCUAGCACCGUAACACCAGUGAAUCCGCCGACGCCGUCGUCCCGCUUUUCCUUUUUCCGACGCACGCCGUCAAUGACCUCGUCCGAUGCCUCCUCCGCGCGAUCCUCCGCACAAGGGAGUCCGUAUGUCAGCGGUGGGAACACGCCGAACCUGACGCAAGAGGCCCUAGAGCAGGCGGAGGCAGAAGGUGCUAUCGCUGCUCUGGAGGCGCAUGAGCGUCAUCUGAGCGCUGAGAUUGCUCAGGGUAGCCCGGGCGGAUUUACGGAAGUCCCACGACGGAGCAGCGACCGUCGCAGCAGCCGGAAGAGCGGCAGUGGCAGCACCGUCUGGAGUGCCGGGAUGAGCAAAGGGGAGGAUGGGGACGACUGA